UGUACGCGAGUGUCAUUCAAACAAAAGUCCAAAACAUCUGUUGUAUGUUGUAGUGUUUGUAUUUUAAUUAAAAUUUAAAUUAUUGCUUAAAAUAAAUUAAUUUAUAAAGCAUUUUGUACCUAAAUUAAUGUGUGUGUUCGAGUGAGUGCAGUAAUAUUUUUUUCUAUUGUUGUGACGUCAUUGUUUUCGACUGCCAGUAAAAACGACGCAAUUGCACUAUUUUAAUUGAAAUGGAAUUAAAAUGAUCCAUAAACUUUUAUACGAGUUGGUGUCACGCGAUCAGCAUGUCGGCGGAGUCGCCGAGGCACGCGCGCUCGGGUGGGCCGCUCACGGUACCGUCGCAGCCACCCAGCGACCGCAGCAUCAUCGACGCGGUGUCUGGCUUCAUCAACGACGUCACACUCUCUUCUUCAUCCACUGUUGAUCCUAAGGACGUUAUACAGUGGGCGAGGUUCGAAACAGCCGACAUAAACGAACCUACACCUGAAGGAGACAUUGACAAUGACGUACCCCCGCUGCUCCUGAUCCUGGGCUACGGCUCCGGCGUGCAAGUGUGGCUGAUACCGCCCACUGGCGAGGCCCAGGAGGUGUUGUCGUGGCGACAAGGCACUGUGAGGGUGCUCCGUAUACUGCCCACUCCGCAGCACGGCGACUGCUUCGCAUCGAAGAGGCCCCUCAUAGCCUUGUGUGACUCGGCAAGCCCUGGCCCAGCGUUUUGCUCACUCAGCUUUAUAUCCAUCCGAGGUGGAGAACAGGUGAAAAGCAUCAAAUUCAAGAACCCGAUACUAGAUGUGCUGGCGAACAAGCGUUCCGUGGUGGUAUCAUUCUCUGAACGCUUCGCUGUCUUCGACGCGGCGACCUUGGAAGACAGAUUGGCCAUCACCACUUGCUACCCCUGUCCUUGCCCCCUUGGGGGCAAUUCUCCCAUCAACCCCCUGACCCUCGGCGACCGUUGGCUCGCGUAUGCAGAUAAGAAGUUGAACCCUUCGAAAAGGAGCAGUGGGGGGUGUGAAAGUGAAGGCGUCACAAGUUACACCGCAACAGUUCUUCACGCAGCCAAGUCCCUGAGCAAAGGCUUACGAGGGUUAGGCGAGAGCGUCGCCCACAGCUUGGCGGGAGGUCGCAGCACCUCCCAGUCGCCGUCGCCACCGCACGCCGACAUACAGCAGCCGGGCGUUGUUACUGUGUUGGACAUUGAGGGAAAUGAAGACGAAGACAGCCAAGAUUGCGAAGACCCCUGCGACCCGAUCGUAGCUCACUUCAUCGCACACUCCGAGGCCAUUAUCGCUCUGAAGUUCGACCCGAGUGGCAUGCUGCUGGUGACUGCGGAUCGACGCGGCCAUGACUUCCACGUGUUUCGCAUUAACCCCCAUCCCUGUGGACCGAGUUUGGCGUCUGUACAUCACCUGUACAUCCUGCAUAGGGGUGAUACAACAGCUAAAGUACAGGACAUAGCAAUAUCGGGCGACUCGCGGUGGACGGCGAUAUCCACGCUGCGCGGAACUACGCACGUGUUCGCGAUCAGUCCGUACGGAGGUGCGUGCGGAGUGCGUACGCACACGCAGCCGCGCGUCGUCAACCGACUGUCGCGCUUCCAUCGGUCUGCCGGCCUGCCGAUACACGGUACACCCUGCGCGCAUAGCCCUGUCUGCGAAGGCAUGGGCGCAGGCGCGUGGUUCCCGAACCCCCGCCUGCCGCCGUACCCGCAGCCCAACAACAGCACGCCGCUCGCACAACUGCGUCCCACGCACAAUCUCGCCACGCACACUAUCACUAGGACCAGUUCCGGUCGCCAGCGACUGUCGUCUCUGUCGGAAGACAACGGCUCAGUGCCGCUACUGGCGCGCGCGUGUUUUGGCGUCAACGGCAUCACCGGCCGCGCAGCCUCUGUACCACUGUACUUGAUGGCUGCUUCCGGGGCUUUGCUACACCUGGCAUUGCACCCUCGCCCCGCUCGUAGUGUGGCGAAGGAGAAGAUCUGCGACGAGUCCCCGAUAGAGUUGGAAGUGGAGGCGAUGGCUCAGUGGCCUUUACAAAGACCACCAGCGGCCGCUGACCUCUUGGCGCCGCUACCACCUUCCAACCCACUUCUGCAACCGCUUAGUUGCCGGAGGUGUGCAGACAUGUGCAUGAGUGAGGAAGAGCGCUGGUUGUCCCAAGUUGAGAUAGUUACGCACGCGGGCCCGCAUCGGCGCCUGUGGAUGGGGCCGCAGUUUGUGUUCAAAACAUAUAAUAGCACUGGCUCAAACUCUUCGCUAUCGGAGGCGGAGGCGGUGGAAGUGGACACGAGCGCGGCCCGCGGCGCGGCUCGCUCCAACCCGGUGAACAUGCCCGGCGUGCGACCCAUCGUGCCGGUGCUUAUAGACUCUGGCUCCGCAAGUUCACUGGAACACUCACCGUCCGACAGUUUCCGACGCAAAUCCCUUCUAGCCGAGAGCGGUCGGGCCCCAUCGGUAUGCGACGUGCAACUCAAAGAAGAUCUCGCCGAAGCUAUGAAGGAAGACCACGGGCUGCGGAAGGGGCUAGAGGAGGUGUGCGAAACGCGAGAGGCGCGGCCGGCGGGCGGGGGCGUUGUGCGUGCGGUUGCCCCGACCGGUACUGUGGUGGCGCCACUGACGCAGCAGCAGCCACCGCCGCUCGACCCCGACGUCUACACGCGCUCCAACGAUGACGAAGGCGCCUUCCGCCCCGUAGUGCGCGCCUCGGCCCCCCUCGCGCCGCAUAUAGCCACGCAACCACUGCCACACUCCACCACCAUCCCCGUACAAAGCGUAUCGCCUAGAGAACUAUCUCCAGAAGACGAGCCACUACCCCUCAAUACGGACGUCGUCAUCCCGGCCGAACUGACCGGCGUCCGCUCCUGGCUACCCCCGAAUGUAGAUCGCGUUGUCUACGACACCGAAGUCUUCGAAGAACAAAUCGACACUUACGACUUCGAUGACGAUAAAUUCCUACCAACCCCCGAGCGUUCAAAUAGAGAAACGAUGGCCGAUGUAGUAAAAGUAGAUAGAUCUAAUUUAGAUGCUAAGGAUAUCGUUGUAAAUAGAGAUCUCGAGCGUGAGAGUGCGAAGCAUGACAGAGUGCGUGAGAGUGUCUCGGUGUCCGAGACGGAGCGAGAGGAUAAAUCAAAAUCACUGCCAAAAUUUAAUCGACCUCCGGAUGAUAUUCAACCGGUGGCUCGACCUAGAGUUAAGAAAUCUCCCACCACCAAGUCAGUUAGUGAUAGAGCUGCUAGUGGCGUUAGUGUUAAGAGUAAAAUAUGCGCGGAUGACUGUGAAAAUAUUGUACCUAAAAAACAAAGGGAAGCCUCUAAAGUGAGACCUGUUACUGCUACUAAAAAAGAAGAAGUCCAUAAGUCUGCAGAUGAAAAGUCGCAGACUACUGUUAAAAAUUUAGAGACAAUCGAUGUUAAUAAAGAUUUAUCUAAAACCGAGAAAGAUACUUCGGUCAUUACAGAAAUAACAAAAUCCGCUAAUAAAGUAUCGACUGAAAAGCAACGUGAUAAAGUAAUAAAGACUGAAGAACAGGCGUGGGAUUUGCUUUUGAAUGAACCCGAAAAUACACCAAAAUUAUACAAAGAAACAUUACCUAAAGACACUAAAGUUGAAGAAACAAAAGUUAAAUCUAAAAAGAAUCGAAAAGUUAAGAAAUCCGAAGAACAACAGUCGAAGGAAGAUGAUGACAGCUUUAUUGAAAUACAUGCGAUAGAAGACAAGCAGCAAACAUUGAGUGGAGAGUUAGUGUCAAUUUCAACUCCAUUUGAAGAAAUGGAGCCCGCAUCUUCAUAUGUAUCAAAGUCUAAAAAACAACGUUCUUCAAAAAGUAGAACUCCGGAAAGAAAAGAUGAGACAUUAAAAACAGCUGAAAUAGUUGCUGAAGAUGUUCCUGUCGCAACAAAAAAUAUUUUCAGUGAAAAUAAAUCCUUUACAGAGUCUAUUGCUGCCACAAAAGAUACUAUAAAAGAUUCUAAAAAUAAACAGGAACCAUUUGAUUCAGAAACUACGCCUUUUUUAGAUUCUAAACCUAAUGUGUCGCUUUACGCUAAAGAAUCGCCAAAAUCGGUCAAUAGAAAGUCAUCUCCGAAACUUGAUUUUCGUCAAGUAGACAAAGCUAGCGAGAUUGCAGAUAAAGAGGUUUAUGUUAUCAAUACAACCGAGGAUGAUUUUCCUGAAAUACAAAUAACUCGAGGCAAUAAAACACAUAAAAAAUCACCAUUAUUAUCCGAAAAGAAGAAUCACGAUAGCGAUAAAGGUGAAAAACCUAUAAAAUCGUGGAGUUCUAUUGCAGCAGCAAAAAAUGUUAAAAAGGUUGAAGAAGUUAAAACGAAUGUUGAAACUAUCGAAAGGGAAGAUGUCCAAGAUGUAGCUUCGAUUUUAGAGCUAAAUAAAAAGUCUGAAAUGUCAUUGCAGGAUAAGCUUAUUGAACUUUGUAAGAGGACCGAUAUAAUGGUAGCAGAAUGUGACGCCCCUUCUGACCUUAAUUUUGUUGAAGAACAUCAUUCAGUUUUGACAGAUUUACCAACAUUAGAACCAAUGGAUUUUGGUUUGGAUGACUUUAAACUUGAAGUUAUGAGAGACAGUCUCUUAGAAGAAGAUUCAAAAAUCACUAGCCCCAUAUGCAAGAUAAAUAUUGACGAUAUUCUCUCAUCGAUUAAAGAUACAACAAACAAAGCCAUCGAAUCGAGUACAUUUAACCUGAUUGAUAUAGAAAAAGUGCCAGACCGAAAAGAGAAAGGGUUUAACGUUGUUGAAAGUGACAAGAUUACAUCUCAAGAAGUCAAGUUAGAUGACGACGCAAAAGUGGAGAAAGAUGACUUAGAGAAAUCGUCUGAUGAUGAUAUUGCAUCUCCUGUACUAUCGGCCGACAGUGAUAAAGAAGAUAAGAAAAAUACAGAAGCUGCUAAUACAAAUAUGUCCUUGACAAAACAAUCUAAAUCAAAGAAAUCCCGUAGAAAGAAAAAGUAAUUUAAAUCGUGUUCAAUGUUUUCGAGCUUUUGAGCUAUAUUAGUGAAAUAUUUGCAGCUCUUAUUGUUGUUGUAAUUUUAGAUAAGCAAAUGAAUUUUGAAGUGGUUAUGCACACAUAAAAACAAAAAAAAAAUAUCCUUACGAGGUAAAAUUAUCAUUCUUUAAAAUAUUAUUAUGAUAUACGAUACUGAUAGUUCUUGUUAAAACCUUGACAUUAUUACCAAGAAUUAUCUGUACUGUAAAACAAAUAAAACAAAAAUAAAAAAGUUAAAAAAAUGUAGCAAAAAUAAUAAAAAAACACUGUUAGAUUUCUUGAGUGGAUAUCCAUCCAAUUAUGGUAUAAUUUUUGGCGUUAGUGGGUUAAGAGAACAGCAGGCAUACAUUUAUUAUUAUUGGUUUUUAAUAAAUUAAUGGUGGAAGAAUUUGUCCAAAAUUCUUCAAUGCAUAAAUAUCAAACUCUUUAAACAGUGCGGGUGAUGAUUUACAGCUCUGAAACAUGGUCGUUAACUAUGGGCCUGAUAUGAAAUCUUUAAGUCUCUCGUUGGAGUGAGUUAUGCUCAGGAUAUUUAUGUUUUUAAAUGAAAGAUAAACUGGAACCUUAGCUCAGAGGACCAAAACCCAUGGACAACUGGUACUGAUGAGAUCCUACGAAUCGAUGGACACAGAGAACAUGAGAUCCAGAAUCUUCACUCGAGAUGACGAGAAAGAAAACUAUUAUUUCAACAAGAAAAAGUUCGCCGAAAGUUUAAUUCAAAGUUAUUAUACACGCUAAGUUCACUUGAGUUAGCCUGCUGAUGUUUAUUGUAAGUCCAAUUUUGUACUGGCUCAAUUUGGGUUAUUCGUUAGUUGUAAUAAUGUAUGCAAAGAUUCUAACCAAGUGAACCUCAAGAAAUCUGGCGCAAUCUUUUUCAGUGCUCUAUUAUAAGUACUUAUUUUGAUUAAUUUAUUUAGAUUAGUACCGAUUUUGUUUCAAGCAAAACCUAAAAUUACGAUAGACCAGACCUUAUUCAUGAAGUCGCAGCUCUAUUAAAUAUCGCAUAUAUCAUCAGAAGAGAUAUCAUCAUCAUCAGAUCAUAUCAUCAGAUCUAUAAAAAUACGCAGUUACAAGUAUAAUACAGUUUGAAUGCGGCACCCAAUCGUGAUGGCCUUGUUAAUUCAAAGUUUUGCGUGAAACAUAAUAAAUGGUGCAAACGUAGUUUUAGUUAAAAGUUUUCUUUCUUCACGCGCAGUGCACUGUAUCUCAGUAAAGUAAAACUACACGAGGCCAGUAUAGACAAUCUUGCGUUAGGUACGAGUACUUCGCGAUAUGGCGCUGUUAGACAAUGGUUAAUGUUUGUACACGAAACUAAUCUCGGAACCGACCGUAAUACAAGGCGACGCUUGUUAAGUCUGAUCUAAUUAUAUUGCAUUUUGUAUGAACGCUAAAUUUCGACCAAAUUGUCUGAUUACAUUUGACUCAACACGGAUCGCGUUGUUAGUGUUCUAGGUCCUAUAUCCAAAGAGCAUGAUCCAUAUUGGGCAUUUUUUUUAGUGCCGAAAGCUUCUAAUACCUUCUAUGAACGUUUCUUAAUCAAUAUUCAAACUGAAUAAGCUGGGAUGACAUUCAAGUAUGAUAAUUAUUAACAUUUAAGUGUUAACAUACUACACAUGAAUAUAAUAUUGUAGAGCAUGUAAAAAAUAAUUAUAGUCGUAAGUAUUUUUGUUUAAAAUAAUGGACAGCGUACAGAAUGUAUUUUUUUUGUUGCAAAAACAAGUUUUUAUUGAUUGGAUGGCAUUAAAAAGGAAGCCCAAAGUUGUAUGCCCUUUACAUUCUUCAGUCUUUCAUCAUUCUGCGGAAAAGGACGACACUGAUUUUAGGUUUCCAACUUAGCUUACUUUAAGAGUCGUGUGCAAGCGUAUUAGUAACAAUUUCUUAUAUAUUUAGUUAGUAGAAUCUCGCUAUUCUUAGAAAGAAUAUCCACUAAUGGUGUAACGAAUUAUUAACAAAAAAAUAUUUUAUUCUUAUCAAAUAGUUCAU